AUGCAACUGGACCGGGUGCCCGUUUCCGGUCCGGUCGAGAUUUAUCAACCCACCGGUCCAGCCCGUUCCGGCCAAGCGGCUGCAUCGGGCCCGGCCGGCUUGGCUUCUCUUUCUGUUGCACAUCGACCAAAGUUUUCUGGUGAAUACAUUUCUUCAGCUUUAGCUGGUGGAAUAACAAAUAUUCCAGCACAUGUUGCACGCAUUAUAUAA